GUUUCCGACCAGGCAGGAAAAAGAACAAAGGAACUGCGUGGGGAGAGAGGGUGGAGGGGAUGGCCAGGAGGGUGACAAGAGUGGAGGGGACUCUUCACCAUGGAAUAUGAAGUCAAGAAAGGGAAAAAGGGCUUUGUAUCCCCCAUCCGGAGGCUGGUGUUCCCCAAGGCUGGGCGCCGGGCUGCCUUUCGGACCAGUGUGAGUCGCCGGCCCCUGCACUCGAUGCCCCUUUACCCCCCUGACUACCUCAUCGACCCCCAGAUUCUACUGUGUGACUAUCUGGAGAAAGAGGUCAAGUUCCUGGGCCACCUCACCUGGGUUACCUCCUCACUGAACCCCUCCAGCCGCGACGAGCUCCUGCAGCUGCUGGACACGGCCAGGCAGUUAAAGGAGCUGCCGCUGAAGACCACGGCGGAGCAGGACAGUAUCCUGAGCCUGUCGGCCCGCUGCCUGCUGCUCACCUGGCGCGACAACGAGGAGCUAAUCCUGCGUAUCCCCACGCAUGAGAUCGCCGCCGCCUCCUACCUCCAGGACGAUGCGCUGCACCUGCUGGUGCUUAAGACCGGUCUGGGCGUGGACCCGGUGCCAGCCGGCGUAGACGCCAGCCCCGGCGGCGCGGGGCGCGACCCGGGCCCUCCGGGCGCGGCGCCCGAAAAGCGGCGGGGGGGCACCACGGAGCGGCGCCACACCAUCUGCAGCCUGGACUGGCGGAUGGCGUGGGGNCGGGGGGGGGGCGGUGGAGGGCGUCGCUCUCCACCCCGCCCCGCCCUGUUCCUGGGGUCUACCCUGGCCUCUUUCCUUCUCCCUCCUGAGGUCCUACCUAGGACUUCAGGUACCACCUGUGUGCCCACGACGCCACAGGGCUGGAGGAGGGGUGUCCUGGGCCCUGGAGAGGCCCUGAACGCUCUGUCCUCCUCCCUGGGCCAGGAUGCCGCCGAGGAGUCCUGUGCCCUCAUCUGUCAAGUCUUCCAGAUCAUCUACGGGGACCAGAGCAUUGAGUGCGUGGACCGGGCCGGCUACCACUACAUGUCCACGCCCGAGCGGCCGUGGCUCUGCAGCCGCAGUGAGAGCUGCCGCACGGAUGGGACAUACGCCUAUGAUGCCGACUUCAGCUGCUGCAGCUCCUUCAAUGGCUCCCAGGAUACAUUUGAAGCGUGUUAUAGUGGCACGUCCACACCCUCUUUCCAUGGCUCCCACUGCAGCGGCAGUGACCACAGCGGCCUGAGCCUCGAGCAGUUGCAAGAUUACAUGGUCACGUUGCGGAGUAAACUGGGGCCCCCUGAGAUUCAGCAGUUCGCAAUGCUGCUGCGGGAGUACCGGCUGGGGCUGCCUAUCCAGGACUACUGCGCGGGCCUGCUGAAGCUCUAUGGAGACCGGCGCAAGUUCCUCCUCCUUGGGAUGCGGCCCUUCAUCCCGGACCAGGACAUCGGCUACUUCGAGGGCUUCCUGGAGGGCGUGGGCAUCCGCGAGGGCGGCAUCCUCACCGACAGCUUCGGCCGCAUCAAGCGCAGCAUGAGCUCCACGUCGGCGUCUGCGGUGCGCAGCUACGACGGCGCGGCCCAGCGGCCCGAGGCGCAGGCCUUCCACCGGCUGCUGGCCGACAUCACGCACGACAUCGAGGCCCUGGCCCCCGACGACGACGAAAGCACGGACGAGGAGGCCCGGGACUCCCCGGGCGGGGGCGACGCGGCUGAGGACAACUACCUGUAGCCGCAGUCCCUGCGGACGGCGGGGACGCACCCGCACUGCCGCCUGCGUCUCAUUAGCUCCUGCCUGUGGCUCCCCGGGCCCAGGAACCCCCUCGCCACGGACGCGGGCCUCCACUCCCCCACGGGGGUCCGUCCCUGCCCUCGGGGCCGCAGUCCCUGCAAUACCGAGAAUGUCCUGCAGGGGGCGGGGGCUCUAAAGUUGCGGGCAGCCGCUUGAGGCUCAGCGGGCCCCUCCGCCAGACCCCGAUGGGCAGCGCCCUACUUUGUCCCACUAGCUCCAGGCGCGGCCCCAGGACAACUCGUCUUUCCCGCGACUUCCGCAGCUUUCUGAGUCCAGGAAGGGGUGAGGGGUGGGCUCCACCUGCUGGCAGACUGAGAAAAGAUUUCCCAGAGCCCACCGACGGCUGUUCCUUCUGUUUUAUAGUUUGAGAAACUGAGGUUCAAAGAAGGGGUAGGAACCUGAGGGACUCUCCUAUUUCUCCUGAGAUAUUACCUCAAACAAGCACUCUAAACGGCAGGGUUGCCCCUCCCCUGCUGGCAGGAAUUGGAUCCUGUGAAAUACAGGAUUUUCCCUACCGGCAGUUGAGUCAGAAGUAGGUGAUGGGGGUCCCGGUCCCGGCCCUAAGACUCUGAACAAGUUGCUUGUUCAGAUCUUGGAUUUGGAGCCAGACAGACCUAAGGCUCCUAUCCAGUUAGUGUUCUCACCUCUUGGUGACUUCCAUUCCCUCAUGUCGGAUGCGAUGGGCCCCUCCCACUUCACAGGGUGGUUCUGGGGACUAACAAAAGUCAAGACCUUAGCGUUGGGUCCAGCACAUGAUAGGCACCCAAUAAAAGCUGUUCCCUUCCACGACGAACACUUUCGGACUUGGUCGCCGGUCCUGCCUGGGAGCAGUGGGGUGGGAACUGAGGUGGGGGUGGGUUGUAAGAUGACCCUUGAGGGAAGUGUGUGAAGAGGAAAUAGGACUUGUUCCUCACGGCUCCGUUGCACCCUGGCUCUGGGCUCAAGCCCCAAAUGAAAAGUCCCCAAGACUCCGCAGGCUGCCAUCAUGGGAGUCCGGGGUAGUUGAAGAAACCUGGUGGCAGGGUUGGCGAGGUAGAGAAGUCAGCGUAAGGACAACAUUCAACACGGCCUGCGUAAAGGCUUGGAGGCUAAAGGGAAUGAGCCCUGAGAGGAGGCCAGAGACUCACACAGAACUGCAAAAAUGUAUUUGUAGAACUUUACAGAGGCUUCCAUGGCCAGACACAUGGUACUUACUGUGAGGUAGGUACAAUUAUCACCAAUAUUAAAGUAAUAUUAUUAUUAGGGCUUCGGGUCCAGAGUUCCAUGAUUUAUACUCAGUCUGUAGCAAAGUCUUUCAAGGCCCUCUGAUGUUUUGUUUUGCUUUAUUUCGCCCCUCUAGCCACACAUUGCCCACACUGCUUCCCCUCCCCACUGUGUGCACUCACCCUACGCCUUGAUCUAUGCCCCUGAACAUAAAAUACUCAACGCUCUGUGUGCGUUUACACCACAUGAAUGGUGUUGGGUAAAGAUCUCAUUCUGUUGCUUUCGUUGCUCACUCCAUCAUAUGAUUUUUAGGUUAGACCCAUGUUGCUGUGAGAAAAUCAAAUUGCUGCGAAGCAUUCCAAGCUGAGCAUGCGUGGUUUUAUCUAUCCACCCCCACCCCCAGUGUUGGACACCCAGGUGGCUUCCAACUUCCUCUCAUUACAAACAACACUGUGGUGAACACCUUUGAGCAUGACCCUAUGGGCCUAUGUGAAAAUUUCUUUGGACCCUACACCCAAGUGGAAUUAGUAGAUCACAUAUGUGUUUUCAAUGUCCCUAAAUUCUAUUAGUGGCGUAUGAAAGAUGCUUGUCUCCCCACAUUUUCAUUAGUUUUUACAUUAUCUGACUGUAAUUUUUGCCUGUAGGUUGGGGGUAAGGUGGCAUCUCAUUGUUUGAAUUUCUCUGAUAAUAUGAGAUUCAGCAUUUUCUCUAUUUGUCAGGUGGGCUUCCCCUUCAGUGAACUGCCCCUUCAUGGCUUGUGCCCAUUAUCUCUUGGGUUUCCUGUCUUUUUCUUGUCAAUUUGCAGAACUAGCUUGUAAAUUUUAGAUAUUAAUGUCUUGUUGGACGUUGAUGUUCCCAAUAUUGUCCCCAAUAUGUUGCGCAGGUCGGGUUUGUCUAUGGCAGUGGUUCUCAAACUUUACCAUGCACCAGAAUCUUCUGUAAGGCUUGCUAAAGCAGAUUGCUGAGCCCCACCCCAGAGUUUCUGACUCAGUAGAGAAUCUCUGGGACCCGAGAUUCUGCAUUUCUAACAAGUACUCGGGUGAUGCUGAUGGUCCAGGGAGCACCCUUUGCAAACCACUGGCCCAUUGUGCCUUCCUUUGAACGAAUUUGUUCCAUUGAACAAACACUUAAUUUUGAUGUUUUCAAUGUAUUUAUCUUCAUUUUACGGAUGAGGGAACGAACUGGAACUUAAGGAGGUGAAGUGACUGACCCAAGGUCACACUGUAAGCUGGGAUUUGGACCCAUAUCUGGCCAACCCCAGAGCCCAUAGUCCUAACUGCUCUGCUAUCCUGUCCACCAGCUUUUGGGAUGUAGUGACCACAAGCUGAGGCAUUUGUCCUGAAACUAUAGGGAACUUUAAUAAGUUCCUGCAUGAGGCAGACGCAGAGGGAGAAGCACAGCGAGCGACAGGUCUGCCGAGAGUCCCUGGGCAGUUCUUACCCCAUAGCUCCGGGGAUGGAGCAAUUUCCCUCACACCCUGAGGAAGUCCCCACCCAUCCCGGAACUACCGUCUUACCAAAGCCAUGUAACCCCUUGGUUUCUGAGGUCCAAAGGGCCCUGUCUGGGGCAGUCCAGGCUCUGAGCAUGAGGACUCGGGCCCCUUCCUCCUGUAGCAUCCAGAGACCCUUCCAGGAUCACUUCCCAUUGUGGUUUCAUUCCUGGCACUGCAAGAGGGGGAAAACCCUGGGCGGGGGGGACGGCUGCUUCCCAAAGCCCUCUAGGGGUGGGGUAACAAUGGGAUUUCCCUUCUGGCUAGAUCUCCUGGGGACAGUUUUGAUCCAUGGACAAGUGGUGACGUUAGUGAAAUUGUCUCCAGCUGCCCCUUACAGUGUGGCUCCUUUCACUUUGGGGCCCUGCAACGUCCUACUCCUUCCCAGCGUCCCACCAGAGACUCCUAGCUGACCUUCACACCGGCGUGUUGGGGAGGAGUCCUCAGGCCACCGUCCUUCCACCACCAAAUGUUUAGAGAACGUGCACUCUGUACCAGGCAUUAUGCUAGACAGGAGGGCGACACAGAACAAUCCCUGUCCCCUGGGGAGCUCACGGCUUGAUGGGGGAGACAGGUCCCCAAAUAAUGACAAGAUAAAGUUCUCAAUUAUGAAAUCAAAGAGUGAGCCUAGCUCUUCCUAGGGAAAACAGAAAAGGUUUUGCAGAGGGGGUGAUUUACAAACAGGACUUUGAAGGAUGAGCAAGACUUUUGGCAGGUAGAGGAAGGUAGACAGGAGAGCCCUCCGGGUGGGGCCACCAUGAGCAAAAGGCAGGGAGCUCAAAGGAGCAUGGCACACUCCAAGACUGGUAGCCAGUUCUCUCUACCGCAGUGGUCGGGCACCGCAGCUCUGGGGCUCAGACUGAGUGAGUUUUGAAUCCCAAUUCUAUCAUCUGCUAGAUGGGUGACCUUGGAUAAACUCUUCAGUGACUCUGGUCUUGGUUUCCUCAUCUAUAAAAUGAGGAUAAUAAUAGCAACACCCUCACAGAUCCCGUAGAUUGUUGCAAGACUUCAGCAAGAUCUGUGUGAAAGUACAUACAGUAAGUGCUCAAUAAAUGUGACCGUAACUAUUGCUGGAGGAACAUGGGGUGUGGAGGGUGAGAAGCCGGACUUAUACGAGAGGAAAGCAGAAAAGUGGGCCUAUUAAGAAGGCCCUUGAAGUGCAAGUAAAGGGGAUUGACCGAAAGGGCUUGCGUUUUACUGAAGUGGGUCUGGCUGCUUGGAGAGGGUUGACUGGAGGGCAGAGGACAGUCUGGGCCCUGGGAGCUGGGGCAGGACCUGAUGACUGAGGCUGAGACCUGACUCAGAUGGGGUAGGAGGAAGGAAGAGGAGAGAGCACGUUCAGGGAGGGGCAGGGGCAAGAGGACUCCCUCCCAGCUCAGAAACGCUGACUCUCACAUCCUUUGAUUAGAUUCAUUCAUUCGUUCCUUCCUUCCUUCCUUCAUUCCACAACUGUUUUUUCAGAACUUGAACCCUGGCCUCAUGGUGUUUACAUUCUAGAAAGUUUAUAUUACUAUUAAGUAAUGUUGCUUGGAGUUUCCUGAUAGAGUCUCCACCCAUUCAGGCUUCAUUGAUCAGAAAUUGGCAGCCCUAUUGGUGUGUCCUCCCAUUUCUUGUCUAUCCUCAGACGUUUCAGAUGAAGGGCAAAGGGUCUUAGAGCCAGGCCAGCCUGUCCUGCCCACUUCCUGUGAUGGUGAGUUCACUGUCUCCUGUGACAGCCCUUUCCAUCCCAAGAGUUAACCACUGCCUCCUUGCCCACCCCAUCUCCCAGCCCACAAUGGGAACCCUACGGGGCACAGCUACUCCCUUAGACCGUGGGCAGCUCUGCUGUGAUGCCCAGAAAAUGACACGACCUACAAAAACUUCUCAUUUCUGUCUAAAAGCGACUUGUUCCAAAAAACAAACCAAAACCCCCCCAUUUUUGAGGCUUAUCAUGUAGACAAAAGGGAUAAUGUGUUUGAUGUGUAAAGAGGAUGUUCCAAUAAAUAAUAAACAAUAGAAAAA